UUGAAAAUAUAAAACCAAGAUAUAUUCAAAUACCUCUAACAAUAUUAAUUAUAAAACCAUUUUUAUAAUAUUUUUAAAAAAAAAAUUGUAUAAAAUUUUGCACAAUAAUAAUAGAUGAAAACGAACUAAGAAAAAUCUCAAUAUACAUAAUUGACAUAAGGCAUGUUAGAAUUGACGCAAAUGUUGUAUAAUAAAAAAUGUUAAAUAAGAAAAUAAUGAUAAUUCUUCGACGGAAACAUGUGAUAUAAUUAUACGCAAGUAGCGCGUAAUUACGAAUCUUCAUAAUGUAUUAUAGUUAUAUCGUUUACGAGAAGGAUAAAAAUACAAAAAUAUCCCAUAGACCGAAUAGAAAAAUAAAUGAAAAUACAAAUAAUCAAAGUUACUUCCUUAUUGCUUCCAUUAAAUUUUUUUAUAAUGAUUUUGUAAUGAAUACACGCUCUUUCAGACAUCGCAAAAUAUUUUCGUUCAACAGCACGAUAGCGACGUUUUUUUCACGUUAUUUAUACGUCAAAUAAUAAAGUACCUAUUCAUAAUUUAGACAUUCGUAAUAUAUUAUUUGCUCAUAAAAAUAUUUCAAUUUUCUAGUAAAUAGUGUUUUAUAAUUCUGACAGUUUCUGAUAGUUUCAGCAAUGAUCUCAAGGUCACCAUUCAUCGUUCGAUUCCAAACUUCGGCCACCACGUAACGGUGUGUUAUAAUUUGCCAAACAGAUUAGAAGAAUUUUGUCAAGUCUUGUUGUUUCGUCCCAUUAGCACCAUCAUCCGCACGGCCAAUGUUUUGUCGAAUUGAACGAAUUGUUGAAUAUUCAAAAACGAAAGCGAAAAACAAUUCCUACACAAUUCUUUAAAAAAAAAAUAUAUAAAAUAUUUGACAAUCGAUUCGAAUUUCUGUCUCAAAAUUUACACGAUUUUUUUCAGAUUAAAGAAAGAAGAAAAUUAUAAAUAACAGGUGAAAAUGGAGUUGGACAAUAAAUUAGCAACGAGUAGCUCGAGAGAUACAGUUACGAGUGUAUAUAGAAGACACGAGGCGAAGUUCCUUGAUCAUUCAUCUUUGGAUGUGAAGAAGAUGAUACGCGUAUUAAUUUCAGUGCUUUUAGCAAGUCUGUCGAUCCACUCGGUCUUGCCUCAAGUGAUAUCAUAUGCGAAAGUGUCGAGAAACGGUCAAGAGGACAUGGACGCGAGGAACGAUGAUCCGUGGAUCUUCAGCAAUGGAACGCAAAGCGAAUCGAGGAGUAUCAAGAACAUAGCUAUCACUAUGUCACCUGUAUACAUCUCACCGAAAAUUCAAAAUCUAAAGAAUGGCGAAGCGGUUAAUUAUCCCUCUGUUGGAAGAUACACAACAUUGGACCACGAAUUAUUAGCACAACUGAACACAAAGAACGCAAAGAAACAGAUUCAGGACAGGUAUCAUCCAUCGCCGCUUAGCUUCAAAAACAAGGAACCAUCGAACGAUAUGAAGGAAAACUUGAAACCUGCCAAUCGUCCAAGCAAUCCACCAAGCGGCCCACCAAGCGGCCCACCAAGCGGCCCACCAAGCGGUCCACCAACUGGCCCAUCAUCUUCGAGCAUGUUCGACUUUUCUAAGCCAACGUUUUCAGAGAGCUACGACUAUAAACCACCAGAUUACUUAAGCAGUAAGCCGAUUUCGAAACCGCCAGAUUACCUCGGCGACAAACCGAUCUCGAAGCCAAUGUCGAUGGACGACUACGGAGAUUCUGAGAUAAGUGACAAGCCACCAGAUUCCUACAAACCGGAUUCUUACAUGGCGUCCCACGAUUCCGACUACUCCGAUUAUCAGCCGGACACGUCUUACAACAAUGAUUCACCGAAACCGAUCGAGUAUUCCGGCCAUCUGGAUCAUCCGCCAUACGACGACCACCAUUCUUACGGCCACCAUCAUCAUCACGAGGUGAUCUACGACCACAUACCGGAAUACCACACCGAACAACCGGAAAUGAACGAUCAGAGGCUCAACAAGAGGCCAUACUCUUAUUAUUACAUAGGAAAGAAGCUUUGGUACAUUCCACUGUAUUUCAGCAUCUAUUUCAUCAUAUACAUCGCUGCCCUGGUGUUGAAGAGCAUCGCAAGGCACAAGAUCACGUUCCCCGCGCAUUUGGCCGAUGCUGUGAAUCACGAUCACGGUAGAUCGUACAACGAUUUCAGCUGGUGGGAUUUCGCGGGUGAAGCGUUGCAGGGUGUCGAGAGUUUUGCCGAGAAGUAUGGAAAAAUUUUUUAGAUUUUUUAAUGAUUUGAAUCACGAGUUGCAGCCAGUUUUGGGAUACUCUAUAUUUGGAAAAUGAGUAUCGCGCGAUACGAGUUAUAUAUAUAUAUAUAUAUAUUGAAUCCUUAUUACUUUUGAACAUAUUACACGAUCUAAUGUUAUGAUAUUGGUGAAUGUUUUGACGAUAUACACAAAUCGCUCGCAAUGGUUAAAUUAAGUUCGUGGAAUUCUAAUUUCGACAACACAUCCACCGUUUGUUUGUAAUAUAACUUUAGUAAGUAAUAUAAAUAAGGUGUACGUAUUACAGUACGAGCAAUAAUUUUGUACGUGUACAUAUUAAGUUUUUUGUAAAUAUUUAAUGUAAUAUUUAUAUAAAAAGUGUACGAAUAAUUUCACGCUAUUCAUAAAUAUAUACGAGGUAAUCGUAAC